CGGCUCGGGUGGGUUUGUUGUUAGGAGACGUUAAAAAUCGUGAACACAUAGUCGUGUUGGGAGUUGCUCUUGGUCUUCUUGGGAAGGCGGUGAAUGAGGGGAGUAACGAGAGGAAUACGUUUUCAACAACGUUUAGCUACAGAAAAUUUUAUCAUCGUCAUGAGUCCGUUCAUCGUGGCUUUUAUCGCGUUUAUUUUGUUAUUCAUUUUCCGAAUCCUAAAUAUUGCGAGCCAGCCAAGAAAACCUGAGAUUCUGUGCAAAGAUGAGAAAUUUGCUGCUUUGCUGAAGGAAGCUGCACCAGAACUAGAGCAAGCAUAUAUACCAACACGUAUAUGGGGUUUUAGUGGCCACAUUCAAACUGUCAUGCACAGUUUGAUUGGAAGAAUGAAAUGUCCUUGGCCAAUUGGGGAGAGGGUGUCCCUUCUCUUGGAUGAUGGAGCUACAUUAACCUAUGAUGUUUACCAGCCCCUAUCUGUCCAUUCAUCUGGAGAGGAUGUUACUUUAGUAUUAUGUCCUGGCAUUUGCAACUCAAGUGAGUCAAUUUAUAUACGCACAUUUGUACACCAUGCACAGAGGAAAGGCUACAGAUGUGUAGCUAUCAAUCACAUCGGAGCAAUGAAAACCAUCAAAUUGACUUCCCAUCGUAUUUUCAGUUAUGGUUGUACCAAGGAUUUCCAUGAAAUGGUUAUCAACUUGCAGGAGAACUACGCACACACAAGGAUGGUUCUAGUAGGUUUUAGUAUGGGUGCCAACAUUGUUACAAAGUAUAUGGGCGAGAAACGACCAGAUAUGCCAAAAAAUAUCAUGGGGGGAAUCUCAGUUUGUCAGGGUUACGACGCGCUCGGUGCCAUGCAGCAUAUGUUGCUAUGGUCCAACUUCCGAAGAUUUUACUUGUACAUCAUGACCGAAAAUAUGAAGCGUGUUCUAAUGGCCCAUCAGCAAAUUGUUUUGACCGAAGACGUAAAAGCUCGUUAUCAGCUUUGCGAACGAAGCAUUUUGUCAGCUGCAACACUACCGGAGUUCGACGAUGCUUAUACUCGCCGUGUAGCUGGAUACGAAUCAAUUAACGAGCUCUACGAACAAACUAGCUGUUGUCUGUACCUGGAAAAUAUAACAAUUCCUCUCGUAUUUAUCAACGCACAAGAUGACCCUAUUAUACCCGAACCUUUGCUUACGUGGCCUAAGCAAUAUGCCGAAAGCCGCGAUAGGUCCGCCUUCAUUUUGACGACGCAUGGAGGCCAUUUGGGUUUUUAUGAAGGUGGAUUGCUCAAACCCAGUCCUGUUACCUGGUUGGAUCGCACAGCUGUCGGAAUAGCCGACGCAAUCCUACGUGAUACGCACAGCAAGUCGCUCUAAAUACGAAAUAUAUAAUUAUUAUUAUCAAUAAUGGCAACAAUACUAUCUGAAAGCAAUCCUCUAAUGAAAAGAUUUGUUAAGGGAAUCCACGUUGUUACUUUAUGUAAUACAUUUGCAUGUAUUGUAAUAGGAGAAUGUAACGCUGUUCUCGAACAGUUAUAAUGAAAAGUGCCGUGCGUAUGUCUUAAUAUAAAGGCUUUUUGCGGUAUAUUGUUCAAUAUUUGGUUCGAGCAAAUCGUCGGUCGAUGAA